AUGCAUUUCUCUACCAUCUUCGCUGCUUCGGCCAUGACCGGCGCUGCCUUUGCAGCGGACCACAAGGUCCUUGUUGGCACCAAGGCUGGCGAUCUUGUCUUCAAGCCAGACAGCCUCAAGGCCGCUGAGGGCGACACCGUCACCUUUUCGUUCUGGCCCAAGAACCACUCAGUCGCCCAAGCUACCUUCGCCAACCCUUGCCAGCCUAUGGACAACGGAUUCUGGUCAGGCUUCGUCCCAACAACCGACACGGAGGCUGUCGCACCUACAACCUUCACAUACGAGGUCAAGAACGCUUCGGCGCCUGUUUGGUUCUACUGCACACAGGGCAAGCACUGCCAAAAUGGCAUGGUUGGUGUUAUCAACCCACCGGCUUCCGGUCCCAACACUAUCGAGGCUUUCAAGAACGCUUCGGAGAAGGCCACCGAGAAUGUAUCGCCUACAUCGACCGCCGGCUCCGGCGGUAACCUGACCGAGAACGGUACCUCAACAUCCGGGUCACCUUCCUCCUCUCCAGCAGCGACAGGCGCUGCAUCUCAUCUCGCCGGUAGCGCCGUGUUCGCCGGUAUGACUGGUCUUUUCACCUUCUUCAUGCUCUAA